AUGGUGAGGAACAAGAUGGUGCACUUCACAUGGACGCAGGCUCUGCUUGCUGUCGCCUCAAUCGCUCAUGCGCAGGACUCUUCUUCAAUGCCGACGGCUUAUGGCCUGGCUUCGUCGGCCGCGACUUCGACGACAACUAGCAUCGCUUCUGCUACCGUGUCUGGACAGACGAGCAUGCAGUCCGUUGCGUUUACGAUGCCAGCUUCCUCUGAUGAGGGACCCAAGCUCCUGCCGAAUGUCAAGGAUCCCAACGCAAAGCAAGCUCAGUCUUUGUGCCCAGGAUACACGGCCAGUGGAGUUGAGAGCACUGAACAUGGAUUCACUGCGACUCUGAACUUGGCGGGGGAGGCUUGCAACAUCUACGGCACAGACAUCGAGACCCUAWCAUUUGAGCUAGACGUUCAGACCUCCCACCGGAUGCACAUCAAGAUCGAACCCACAUACAUCGACAACAGUAACCGCUCGCAGUACAUCCUCGCAGACAAUCUCAUUCCGUCUCCACAGGAUGGCUCUGAAGCGCAGACUCAAGAUAUCGAUCUGCAAUUUACCUGGACCAACGAGCCGACCUUUGCCUUCACCGUUCUGAGAAAGUCUACAGGCGAUGUUCUCUUCGACACCACCGGCAGUGUGCUCGUCUAUGAGAACCAGUUCAUUGAAUUUGUCUCUCAAAUGCCCGAAAACUACAACAUGUACGGCAUGGGUGAGCAGAUCCAUGGCUUCCGACUAGGGAACAACUACACUGCGACAUCUUUCGCUGCAGAUGCCGGUGACCCGAUUGGUCAGAAUAUUUACGGUGUUCAUCCAUUCUACCUCGACACGAGAUACUUUGAGGUAGACAACAAGACAGGCAAGCACACCAUGGUUUCUACAGACAACACAUCCGCGGACGGCGAGUAUGUUGGCUAUAGUCAUGGAGUCUUCUUGCGUAACGCACACGCAAUAGAAGCGUUGAUGCUUCCAUCGAAUCUGACUUGGAGAACCCUCGGGGGAAGCAUUGACAUGUAUGUUUUCGAUGGUCCCACUCCGGAGGCUGUAACCAAGCAAUAUCAGCUUGGCGCUAUUGGCCUUCCCGCAAUGCAGCAAUAUUGGACUUUCGGAUUCCACAACUGUCGAUGGGGAUACAAGAACUGGUCUGAAGUUGAGGCCGUCGUCAACUCAUACCGCGAGUUUGACAUUCCUCUUGAGACCAUCUGGACUGACAUCGACUACAUGUUCCAAUAUCGCGACUUUACCAACGACCCAAACACGUUCCCAUACCCAGAAGGACAGGAAUUGCUGGCGCGUUUGUCUGCAAUGGGUCAACACUACAUCCCCAUUGUGGACUCUGCUAUCUACAUCCCAAAUCCUAUUAACGCCUCUGACAACUACUCAGUCUACACUGAUGGCAACGACCGUGGCGUUUUUCUCAACAAUCCCRAUGGCAGUCAAUACAUCGGUGCUGUGUGGCCCGGCUACACCGUCUUUCCAGACUGGGAAGCCGAAGAGACUGUUGCGUGGUGGACCGACCAUAUGGUUGAGCAUCACAAUAACAUCGCGUGGAGCGGUAUCUGGAUCGACAUGAGCGAAGUGAGCUCGUUCUGUGUUGGCAGCUGUGGCACGGGAAAUCUUUCACUCAACCCAGUUCACCCUCCUUUUUCAUUGCCGGGCGAACCGGGUGCUGUGAUUUACAACUACCCGGAAGGCUUCAACCUUACCAACGCAACCGAGGCCGCUGAGGCCAUGUCUAUGUCUGCCUCUCAGGCGUCCUCCAUUGCAUCUGCGACACCGAUYGGAACUUCGACUACGUCCUACUUUACACCACCAGCCGUCACACAAGGUGUGAGGAACGUCAAUCAGCCUCCGUAUGUGAUUAACCACGUGAAUGGAGACCUCGCCGUGCAUGCGGUAAGCCCCAACGCAACUCAUCACAAUGGUGUUGAGGAGUAUGACGUCCACAAUCUUUUCGGCCAUCAGAUUCUCAACGCCACAUACCAAGCUCUUCUGGAGGUCUUCCCAAAUAAGCGUCCGAUGAUCAUCGGACGUAGCACGUUCGCUGGUAGCGGCAAAUGGGCCGGGCACUGGGGCGGUGACAAUACUUCGCUGUGGGCGUACAUGUAUUUCAGCAUAUCGCAGGCCUUGAGCUUCGCCCUAUUCGGCAUUCCCAUGUUCGGAGUGGACACCUGUGGGUUCAACGGCAACUCUGAUGAGGAGUUAUGCAAUCGCUGGAUGCAACUCUCGGCCUUCUUUCCCUUCUACCGCAACCACAAUACUCUCUCCGCCAACUCCCAGGAGGCUUACGUUUGGGAGUCUGUUGCUGAAGCAUCUAAGACAGCCAUGGCUAUCCGCUACUCACUUCUCCCAUACAUCUACACCCUCUUCUACAGCGCCCACACUACUGGUAGUACCGUUAUGCGCGCACUAUCUUGGGAGUUUCCCAACGAACCUAGCCUGGCUGCUAUCGACAACCAGUUCCUUCUCGGUCCAGCUCUGCUGGUCACACCUGUUCUCGGACAAGGCAUGACUAGCGUUCAGGGAGUCUUCCCGGGUGUCGCCCAAGGCCAAGUUUGGUAUGACUGGUACACUCAGGAAGCCAUGUCUGCUCAGCCAGGCGAGAAUGUUACCAUCGCUGCUCCUUUAGGACACAUUCCUGUCUUCAUUCGCGGCGGUCACAUUCUUCCCAGGCAAGAGGCAAGAUACACCACCAACGAGUGUCGAAACAGUUCUUGGAGUUUGCUUGCUGCUCUAGACGCGAGCGGCGCUGCUUCUGGUUCACUUUACGUCGACGACGGAGAGAGUGUUGUGCAAAACUCUACCCUGUUUGUUGAUUUCACUGCCAGUAAUGGAACUCUUUAUGCUUCUUCUCGCGGCUUGUAUGAGGACAAGRACAGUCUGGCUAAUGUCACGAUUAUGGGCGUGCAGAGUGAGCCUGGUACGGUCACUCUUAAUGGAAAGGCUCUGCAGAGCGGCGUGAACUACAAUGGUACGAGCAAAGUUCUGGCUGUUACGGGUCUGCAGAACUCGACGAGCGGAGGUGCUUGGGCGAGCGAUUGGACUUUGAGCUGGGCUUAA